GUUGGUAGGUUAAAUGAUGUGAUGAACGAAGAGUGUCAACAGUCUGCUUACCUGGUCGGUAUAUCAGAUCCAUCAAGUGUAACAUGUCGUCUAGGACUUCUUGAUCAGUGUCAGGUUGCCAGAGCAUACGAGGCUAUCCGUGCGGCUUAUGACUGUUUUCUGAAUCCAACAACCAAUCAACAACAGGUGAGAGCUGCUGUCACCGAUGUUCUCCAGCACACAUUAGUGUUUUGCAGUGCCUGUCUUCAGGUGUCGUCCAAGACAAGUGAUCCUGUUGUUCAAAAAACAUUCGUCCAAUCAGAAAAGAAUGUCGCUAAUAACGUAGCUAAUGUGGUCGAUAAUUUUAAGGCCUUGAAAGAUGACUUUUAUAGUGAAGAUAACAGACAGAAGUGUGCAGCCAGCACUAAGCGACUAUUUGAGGCUGUUGAUGAAGUGGUCACCUUUGCUUCCUCACCAGAGUUCACUGGUAUCCCAGCUGAAACCACUUCUCAGCACACUUGCUGAUCACAAAAGAAGACUAGUAUUCAGUUGGAGCUUGUAGGUGAAGCAGGUGAAUGAUGGGCAGACUGAGUAUAAAUGGAGUCUAGAAAUGAAUUGUUUGAAUCCUGCACACUGCAACCUGAAGCUUAGGAUACUCUGAUGUAUUGAAGUUAAGCAGGUGGAUUGCGAGACGCAAUAGACAUUUAUUUUGUGCAUUCAUUAACAUUAGUUAAACAUAUCAGGUUUGAGUAACUUAGUGUUGGUCCAAUUCUGGAGUUAUAAAAUGUUAGUCCGAUUCUGGACUUAGUUAAAAUGCUGGCCCAAUGCUGAGGAUAGUAUACUAAAUAAAAAUUUGGUCCGAUGUUAAAAAGAGAUAGUUAUUUUGCUCAUGUAGAAUGAGUAUAUGAUGGUCCUAGUGUAAAUUAUUGUUAAUUGAAGGUUAACAAUAACUUAAAAUUCUUAAUAUAAUGUAAAUAGUGUAAACUUCUAGUCCUAUUCUGGACUUACUUAGUUAAAAUCCUGUACUUAGUAAAUGGUGAAAAUCACACAAUGCUGA